AUAUAAAGAGAGGUGUCAAAAUCAUAUGUUUGCUUGUAGGCAAUAUAAAAACAAAAACGCGUGUUCAUUUCCAAGUGGAAUUUCAUUUGGUUUCCAGUUUUGACAUCUUUCCAAAUUCGUCCUCCGUGACUUUAAUAUUUCAAAGAACUGCCUCAUAAUGGGUAUGGUACAGAAACGUAAAAAGAUGCACUCCGGUGAUACGCAUCUGCGUCGCCGUUGGCGUGUACGCAGUCGACGACGUGAUCUCGACCAAAUCGACGAUGACUUGCGCACAAAAUCAGCGGAGCUUAUCAAUCAAGCGGUGAAUCUCGAUGAACCAGGUUUUGCACAAUUCUACUGCGUACACUGCGCCAAGUACUUCAUAGAUGACCAUGCAAUGCAAGCACACUUUCGCACCAAAGUGCAUAAGCGGCGUAUGAAGGCAUUGGAACUGGAGCCGUACACGGAGGAGGAAGCCGAGCGUGCAGCUGGUCAAGGCUGUUAUAAAGCACCGAAAAAACGAGUAAUAAAGACGCAACCUACAAAAGAGGAAGUGAAAAAGGGCAAGCGCAUCCAGCUAGAAAAAGAAAGGGAGGAUGUUGAGACACCCAAAUCUAAAAGAAAGGUGGCAAAAAUGCAAUUAUAAGUGAAUAUUUUCAUUGUUUCGUUUAUAAGCAUUUGCAUACGUACAUGAAGGCAUGAAGCAUGGAUAUGUAGCAAAGCCAGAGAUAUGUUUAAAGGUGAUAUGGAUAAAAUAAAUAAUUAGAAUAAGAUUUCAAA